AGAUCGAGGUCACCACCGAAACUGAAAAUGGCGGUGUGUGUGAAAUUGAAGAGGAAGUUGAAAAUACAAUUUUAAAUCAAUAGAAGCAGCUUAGUAAAACAAAGUUUCGAUAUUGGUGACUACAACUCGUUUAAUCGACCAAUGGUGAUUAUUUUUCUUCAAUCCUAACUUGUCGUGCGCGAAAUCACGAACCGCAACAUUGUUGUACCCCCGUACUUCAUUCAAUGUGGGUACCUGCAACUUUUUUCGAGUCGACCGGAACACUUUGCCAUCUAGAAGAAUUUUGCAGCUGCCGCAGUUAAUUCUGACAGAAAUGAAUUUUCGUUGGUGCGAAAAAAUACGACGGUAGUUUUAGUGAAGAAAAAGGGACAUUUUCGACCACUCAAUCUUACACCGCAGGAUGGUAAACAAAUUAGUGCUGGCACUGUUCGCCAGUUGCGUGCUGCUCAGUAGCUGCUAUGAAUACCAGGGAAGGGAAUAUUUCGAUCAACGAUCAUUGUCAGAUGAAUACGACAGUGACUCGCUUAUUGAUGAUAUUCUGAAUAGCUACAGGCGCGAUCAAGGCCACACGGAUAAAGACGCAGCUUUCUCAAGAACUGAAGAAGCAGAUGCAAGUCAUACAACCAGUAGAGAGGUUAUUAGCAUGCCUGGGGUUUCCCCGCAAAAGCAUGAUUCGUACAUUUGUUAUGGCCAAAAGGUCCCAUCAGAUGAGUAUUACGUUGGGUUCCAGCCUAAUGCUGAAAUGCACACAGCCCAUCACAUGCUGCUGUUUGGUUGUGAACUGCCCUUCGAAAUAGAAAAGGCCUGGAGCUGCGGUGAAAUGCAUCCAGUUUGCAAAUCGGGAAGUCAACAUAUACUAUACGCUUGGGGAAAGAACGCUCCUCCUUUGAAGCUACCAAAAGAUGUUGGUUUUAAAGUUGGACCUUCAACGAAGAUCAAAUAUCUUGUUUUACAAGUUCAUUACGGGAAAGUCGACAAGUUUGUUGGAACGAAUCUAAAAGAUUAUUCUGGUGUUGCCAUGGAUGUAACCAAAAGAAAGCUGACAUUACACGCUGGAAUCUUCAUUCUGGCUGAAGGUUUUGCAAGCAUUCCACCUCAUGAAAAAAAAUGGCAUCUUGACACUGGUUGCCCAUACGAGGGACAAGCCACUUUGUAUCCCUUCGCUGUCAGAGUUCAUGCUCACCAUUUGUCAACUGUUGUGAGUGGAUAUCGUAUCCGAAACAAGAAAUGGAUGUUAAUUAGGAAGGAAAAUCCCCAGAGGCCGCAGGCUUUCUACUCGCUUGAUAAAGAAAUGACGAUCAGACAAGGUGAUCACCUGGAGGCAAGAUGUACCUACAACACAAUGAAGAAAGACGUUUCUACGAAAAUUGGAGCGACCAUGAACGAUGAGAUGUGCAAUUUCUACAUCAUGUUCUUCUAUGAUUCCGACAAGUAUCCUAACGAACCCCCUGGCAUGUGCAGAUGGGGUGGUUUGGAUGAUAACAUGAAGUUUCCCAAGGGAUCUGAUCAACUGGACAAGUCUCAAGGGGAGAAUGAAACGAACGGCGACAAAGACAAGCCCUUGUACCGUUUGAUUCCUGACUGGGCAAAAGAGCAAAAUUUUGGUCAGAUAAGUGGCCUUGCUGUCGAUAACAAAGGAUUUGUAGUGGUAUUUCAUCGCGCUGGCCGCACAUGGGAUGGAAGCACCUUCAACAAUAACAAUACUUUGCAAGGGAAUCCAGGACCAAUCAAGGAAGACACGAUGGCGAUGACCUGGGGGAAGAACAUGUUUUAUAUGCCACAUGGAUUAACUGUUGACCACGCUAGUAACAUUUGGGUUACAGAUGUCGGCUCGCAUCAGGUCUUCAAGUUCGACUUAAUUAAAAGCAAGAAGCCUCUUCUUACUCUUGGCAAAGCUGGCGUUCCUGGCAGCGAUUCAAAACAUUUUUGCAAGCCUACAGAUGUUGCCGUGGACCGAUCGGGAGUUCUGUACGUUGCUGAUGGCUACUGUAACAGUCGAAUAUUGAUGUUUUCGGCCCGUGGUCAGAUGUUACUGGAAAUCAAUGACAAAACGUUGGCAAAAUCACCUGGUUUCUUCUCCCCCCGCUCAUUUAAAAUUCCACACAGCGUGAGCCUAGACGAGGAAAAACAAGAGCUUUACGUCGCUGAUCGGGAGAAUGGCAGGGUCUUGGUUUUUGGGGCGCUGUCCGGAAAAUUGCUUCGCGUCAUAUCUGAUGGUUUUGGGGAUACAGUUUACGCCAUUUCUUUUAAAGAUGGCAAUCUUCAUGGUGCUUCUGGUCCUAGAUCUCCUAGAGGCUUCACCUAUGACGUCAAGAACAAUCAGCUUGCACUAUGGGCGGAAUUCUCCAGACCUCACGACUUGGCUGUAUCAAAGAACGGACAUGAGAUAUUCGUGGGUGAGAUUGGGCCUAAUAGACUUUGGAAAUUCGAAAAGAACUAAGUCAAUUUCGCGGAGAUAUUUCAUCAAAUUAGAUAGUUGGGAUUAUUUAUUCUUAAUUUUUCACAAAAAGUAGGGGAAAAAGAAUUAUUUUAAUAGUUUAUAGGCCAAGGAGAGGCUUAUGAAUCGAAACGUCUAGGGUUUAGAGGACAAAGGAUUUGUCCUUAAUUGUUGUAUUUUUCAAGUAUUGCUUAUCGUUUGGGUGGGACAUGCAUGGGAAAUAUCUGAAUGAGCACAGCAAUAGCCACUCCCAUUUCCAUGGCCUACGCCUUUAAAAUACAAUUUUUAUAAAUGUCUGCAUCCCCUUUCUUCUAUAUUCCCUAGAACAACGAAGAGAAAAAUUUGUUUUGGGCUUUCAAGGCCAAAAAUUUAGCGCCUUCUGGGGGCAAGAAUUUAGAUGUACUUCAAAAUUUCAUUGAUACUUGAAACAGACAGAGCUGCAGCAGUAAUUGCUCUGUGUAGUCACGAGGUUUUCCUCAGUUCUUUUCAUUGAUAUGCUGUGGCAAGACUGUGUCUUGAUCUAUCUUUUGUUAUUUGAACCGCUGUCAGACUCUUUCAGCUUCAAGGCUACCAAAUUUGAAAAAGUUGAUUUUGGCAAAGUUUCGACAACAAUAAUGGGUAUGUGAUAAAUGAAAGUGGCUAAGGAUCAGUCACAAUAAGUUAUUUUUACUGUAUCCAUUUACGUGAUUUGACUGUUUGCCACCGCUGUUCUUGGGCCUCCUUCAACAAUAUGAAUAGAUAAGAUAUAGGUGACACGGGCUUUGACCUUUUUUGUUAAAAUACAAACAUAAAAUAAGGAAAUGGAUUCCUUGAGCCUUGAAAUCCAAAGGUCAGUUUAUCGAUAUCACCGCAAACAAUAUACCUUCUCCAUCCUUAAACCUCAACUUUCAGCAGUCUCGUGAAACAGGCUUGUCGGGCGGUAUUCACUGUGGUUGACAGUGGACUCACCCUUUUCUUUGCCUUCCAGAGUUCCCGUUCCAAAAUGGUUAAUUUUUCGUUAACUACUUUUACGGUGCACUGAAAUCGAAAAUUAGUUCUGACAAUGUCAUUUCGUCCAUUCCAUUUCUAAAGACCCACGUGCCUCUUUGUCCCUAAAGACCCUCGUUCCCAUGCUCCUAAGGCGACCAUCAUGCAGACUAGAUAACAUAUUUUACGUCCUUAUAUGCCGCCAUUUUGAAUCAAGAUGGCGGAAGGUUUAAGCAAUACAAAUUUACUUGUGUACUAUGUUUGUUUAUUUUUUGACGUCAAUCACUCUGAAAGUGAUGAAAUAUCUAGGAUAUUGUUUGAAUUUAGCAUAUACAUUGUCCGGGCCGCCGAGAGGGGGAAGCAAGGGGGCAAAUUGCCAAGGGCCUCAAGGUCUAAGGGGCCACAUAAAGUAACGAGUUCAAUUUUGAGAAUAGGGUAAUCAAACGUUGCAAAAUUUUCCCUAAAAAUACAACGUUUGAAACGAUUUCAAGAAAUUAAAUUUCUGAAAUGCAUUUUAAGCGAACGUGGAGGGCAUAGUCGCAAAAAUGUUCUACUCACUCCGCUCGCAUGGGGCCUUGUCUUUCGCUUUCGCCCCCAGGGCCUCCAAACCUCUCGGCCGCCCUGCACGUUGUAGAAAUUUGUCUUUGAAUACUUUGGGGAAAUAGUUUAUCUUAAAGAGUUUUAUUUUAGGUUUUUUUCGCUAUCGGUUGGUCGUAGCAUUUACAGAGAACGCCUCUCUGCUGCACUGUACUUUUGCAAAGUAUUUCGAAAUAUAACAAGAACCAAAAUUCCAAAUUGACAUGGUAUUUUAGGACUGUAGUCCCUCCAUCCUCUCUCUGCAUGCUUCUUCAAUAUGCUCCGUGCAGUCUAAUUUCCAUUGGCUUUGAAAACCAAUGUUUUUCCUUAGGUUUUAUUUGCCUUAAGUCGGAGGAAUUAAUAAAUGCGUGCAAAAAUGUCAUCUAUGUAUGUGUACAAAUUAUAAGUCUUUGCGCGAGACGUUUUCAGCUGAGAAGGCCUAGACAGGGAGCAAAACAUGUCUUACCCAACCCUCUAAGUCACAUGAUUUUGGCCAGUGCAAUCUUAUUCUCAAGAAAUUUUCAAAGCUAUUUAGUUUUGCAAUAGUCAAUCGGUGAAAUCGGAGCAUCACUAAGUUUUGGAUUUUAAGGAAAGGGUGAUACCUCUCUUAUGCCAAAAUAUGAUUUAUCUAUAAAGUUGGUCAGGGGCAGUGGCGGCUCCAGCCUGAGAUAAAUGGGGGAGCAAAAGGUGUGUCACGGACCACGCUCUUUUGGUCCACGCCCUUUUUUUUCCUGUUUGAAACUUUUUUUCCGGAGGAAACACCUCUUGUCUCCCAAGAAAUGUUUUUUAAAUGUGACGAUCUAGAUAACGUUACAAACAAAGCCUCGUGAGGAAAUGGAGUGCUCACCCCCCCCCCCAGGUUACCAGUGAAAGAACUCUUUGUCUUUAAGACUAACUAAACCGUUUAUUUGUCCAAAAUAUAGCUAUUAAUUAGGUUAAAUCAAUUUUUCUUUCUCGAUGUAUAUAAAAUUAAAGAUAGAUUAAUUAUAAAUGUUAACAAUGCAGUUAGUAAAAGUAACGUGGAUUAAUUAACAAGAACAGCAAACUGAUAAAGUUC